GAGAGAGAGAGAGAGAGAGAGAGAGAGAGAGAGAGAGAGAGAGAAGAUGAGCGGUGGAGAAGAAGAGAGGAGCAGAGGCGUCGCAGGGGAUCAUCAGAAUCAGUACGGAACAUUUCAAGGCGUCGCCAAUUACCCUCCGCCGCCGAUUUCGCCGCCGAUCACCGGUUUCCCGCAGCCUGCUCCAUCGUCGGGAUCUUACGAUUCUACUGCUUCCUACUACGUCCAUGGAUACCAGACCGUCCCAGUUUAUGCUGUUGCUGAAGGAAGACCUGUGAGACAACGCCGCCUUCCUUGCUGUGGGAUUGGUCUCGGUUGGUUCCUGUUCAUAAUCGGUUUCUUCCUCGGUGCAAUCCCUUGGUAUGUCGGGUUGUUUAUCAUGAUGUGUGGAAGGAGGAUAGACUACCGGGAGAAGCCAGGAUACAUUGCUUGCACCAUUGCUGCUAUUCUCGUCACCAUUGCUGCGAUUCUUGGUGUAUCCAAAGGGGCAGAGGACUGGUGAAUCUGCUCUUCCUUCAAUUCUGUAUUUGUUUGUACAGCUUCAAUACAAUGAAUUUCCUAUCUUUUGACCUUUGUACCUUUAUUUUUCUAUGAAAUUCAAUAAGAAACGGUUGCUUCAAAGUGUCUGUGAUGAAGGAUCUCUUAUGUUUGAAUGCAUAUCUCCAAGUGUUUUAUUUC